CCUCUUAUAAAGUUUAUUUCAGUUUUUAACGUCUUCGUAGACCACGGUAGUGGCUACACUUUCAUUUCAGUUCUAAAUAAAUUUCAAGGAAAAGACAUGCAUCUUCUUCUCAAUACGUAACCUGCAACGGAAUGGAACAUCAACUAGGUGAUGACGACAACCCACAAGAAAUCCCACCACAAGUCCACGUAGAUGAGCAUUUUGAUGAAGUGGUGCCAAGACCAGCAAAUAGAAUCCUAUGGGAUUAUGCUAAACCUGACCGCUUCAACUGUGAAUCUAGUGUUAGGAAACCCCCAGUAGCAGCUAACAACUUUGAAAUCAGGACCGGCCUGAUCCAUUCAAUUCAACAAUCUUGUAUCUUUACAGGAGAUUCAAGUGAAGAUCCACAUAGUCAUAUGAUUGAUUUUUUGGAACUUUUUGAAACUGCUAAGUAUAAUGGAGUACCUCCUGAAGCUAUCAAGUUAAGGCUAUUUUAUUUUUCUUUAAAAGGAGAUGCCAAGACUUGGUUGCGAAGUUUGCCUCAAGGGUCUAUUACCACAUGGGACCAGAUAACUCAGAAAUUUUUGAACAAAUAUUUUUCUCCUGCUAAAACAACAAAGUUAAGACAAGAUAUAUCUAAUUUUUUGCAAACUAACACUGAGUCGGUUUAUCAAGCAUGGGAAAGAUUAAAAGCAAUGCUGAGAAAAUGUCCACAUCAUGACAUUACUGAACAUAUGCAGUUGUAUGUUUUUUAUCACGGGUUAAAACCCUCUUGUAGAAAUGUGAUUGAUGCAGCUGCAGGAGGUUCCGUAAUGGGUAAAACUACAGAAGAAGCAUUGCAAUUAUUGAAUGAGAUUUCUGAGAAUGCCAUCCAAUGGCCAUCUGAGCGUGUAAUCAUCAAGAAGGCUGCUACGGUAAAUCAGGUAGAUGCCCUAAAUACACUGACACAACAGAUUGUUUCCUUGGCACAAAAGUUUGAAUCUUUUCAGGUGAAUACACAACAACCAAGACAGACUGAGACUUGUGGCAUGUGUGGAGGAAAUCAUCUAAACCAUGAUGUCACGACCCAUUUUCCAUAAUAGGUCAUGAUGGCGCCUAACACCGUUGUCAGGCCUGCC